UUGAGGAACGUCAGCAAACAAAUAGGACCGCGUGGUUUUAAUGGAUCUCAAGGUUUGCAAGGGCCACAGGGACCCCAAGGAGUUGGCAACAUGUCUGCCUGUAGGGUACGUGAGAUCACAGAAUCGGGUAGUAUCAAAACAACACAAGUGGACAUUGGACGGGUUGAAGUUAAAUAUAAGCAGCCUAAGGUAAGUAUGUCCAAUACAGUGCGUUUCAUUUGAGUGAGAACUCGCGUCCAAAAAGUGAAGCCAAACAUGGCGGUAAUUGGCGUCCAGUACCAGUCCAUUUCUACUGUUUUUAUCAACGCGGCUGACACGAAGCUACAAGGAGUGUGCCGUUAUGAGCCGAAAUUUCGUGUUUAGAUUUAAAGAAUAAUAUUAUGGUUUUAUGAACUGAUAACUCGAUUAGUGAUGCGAUCCGUUAGAAAAAAACUAGAAUUAGCUGGGGGUAAAAUGUUAUUGAAACUAUUUACGACCUUCAUACCUAUUGGACGUCAAUUUCUGCCAUCUUGGCUUUACUUUUCUCAUUGGCCGAAUGACUGAAGUUCUUGCUCCAGGUAUAUAUAGAGCUCACUGGUCUUUACAUAAAUAACGCAUCUAAGAAUCGACAUCUAUCAGGUGAUUGGUUGAUCGGGGAAAUUAAACACAUCUGAUUGGUCAAUGGUCCUUUGAUGAAGUAAAUGAACUAUUUAAUAUUUAUCACCACAAAUGUUAUCACUGCACAUUUUACUGUUUAUCACUGCACUCUUAAAUCACUUGCACCUUCAAAUAUAGAAACUGUCACUGUGGAGAACUCCCGGGGGCAUGCUACACCCAUCCAUAUUAAUAGUACUGCAUAUGCAUGGAUACCCUGGUAUAAGCCAAUCGAAGGAAGAGUGAAAGUGCUUGCCAUUAGCAAACGGCCCGCUAAUAUAGAAAAAUUUUGUUUCAGGGCUGGAAAGUCAUGUCGGCUGUUUGCUCAACAGUGCAAGGUGCCGGUGCGCUACAAACAGUUUUAUCAAGAAGUGGAAACACAUACACUUGCACAUGCGUCAAACCAUCAAAAUAUUCAAUCUUUGAAGCUUUGUUUACAGAUUCGACACGACAAAAUUAUUCUGUGAAGUGUAAGAUUAUAUACUGGGAAUGUCCAGAACUCACUUGA